GUUAAACUAUAAAACCUAACUUGUCCUAAGCUUAUUUGCACCCUAAUCAAAAACCUAACAUGGCGGAAAGUUCUUCCUCUCCGGCUCCGCUUCCGGCUCCAUCGAAGCCUGUUGUCGUUAGGGUUAAACGAAAACCCUCUCAUUCUCCACUCGAUGCUUUCUGGUUGGAAAUCAACGAGAGACCAUUCAAGCGUCCUUUUUUCGAUUUCGGAAAUUUAUCAAUCUCCGAUUCUUCUUCUUCUUCUCAACAAGUGGAAAUUCAUAACAAGAAGGUUUUGGUGCAACAUGUGGAGACAAUAAGCAGCUCCGAGGUCACUUUAGAUAUUGUGCAAUCAUUUGUGGAACCUGCUUCCAGAAGUGCUUCUGAAUCUAAGUCAAAAGUUGAGGAAAGGAAGAACUUCUUCAGAAAUGUUAAUAAGCAAGAUCAGCUCUUCUUUAAAGCUAAACAAGAAAAAGAGUCUUCAGCUAAAGAUGCUCGUUUUGAGCAAAUAUGGAAGAGCAGAAAAGUAAACAAGGGGACAGCUGAUGAAAACGCAUUACAAGAAAUAUGUCAGUUCUAUGACAUUGUUCGUGUUGACUCUGAAGAAAAAGUUAAUCAGGUGCAACAAGAAGAUAUGUCCUUGGAGGAUCAAAAACUUUUGUCUAGUUUCCUCCCUUUGCUAAGAGAGGUUAUUCCUAAUGCUGCUGCGGAGAUUGAAGAUGAUAUAAGUGCUCACUCCAAACAAGAAUAUAUAGAGGACUAUGUUUAUGACCUCUACACUGUAACGGAUGAGACGAUCGUUGAAGAGGAUUCUUCCCAUUCUUAUCCACUAGUUCAAGUUGAAGAAGAGGAUUAUUUUGAUGGCCUUGACAAUUCAGAUUAUGAAACUGAUGACUCUAAUGCCGAAGACAAUCCAAUGAAUGAUUAUCCGGACGAGAUUUCAGAAGAUGAAGAAGGUUCUGAGUGUGACUCAGAAGAAAGCAAGCACAGCGGAUCUAGUAAAGAAUUGUCAGAUGAUGACGAGGAUGUGGAUGAUGAACUUCGUUGUUUUGCUAAAGGUGUUACUUCUGAUGUGGAUGAUCCAUUGUAUGAUGAGGAUUUUGAUGAUUACGAAGGUCAAGGUGUAGGCGAUGACAAUGAUGAAGAAGAGGAUGUAGGUAAUGAAGAUUGGAGGUGGUCAUACCGGUGAAGCCAUCCCAUUAUUCCUAAAUUCCUGCAGAAAAAAGUUUUUCUUUUUCCGGUAUUCAGUUGACUAUGUUUAGCAUUGUGUAGUGAGUUUUGCAUUUGUGGCAACGUAGACUCAAAUCUAAUGGGUAUUCACAAAAAUCGCCUUCAUUUUUUUCUUUUCAUUUUCAAAGUGUGGAUAUGAUAGGAUAUUCCGGGUUCCUAACAGGAUUUUGCGGAGUAAAAAAAACCCAGGAUAUUACUCCCUCCAAUGUCGUAUAUAUAAAACAGGUUAAAAUGUUAAAUAUAUUAUUGAUUUUCA